GUUGCUUUGCUAAACUACGAUUCGUCAAUUACGGCCCCUUCAGCCACGGCCUUUCACCACAGUAUGGCACCUCCUUAACCCCUUGUGCCAGCCUCCCUUCAUAAUGGCAAAUCCACAUAUAAGAAGAUUCAAGGCCUACGCGUGAUGACGCUCAGUUGCUCUGCAUCUUCUUCAUGCACGUUACCGCCAUGACACAGGCGUGAAUUCAAGACAACAUGGACGAGCAUCUGGCGGUUCCUCUUUCUGUCCUCUCUCGCAUUCCUCUGGGGGUUGGGCUUGUGAUUCUCGCGGUCCUAGGAUAUGUCAUCUAUCAGGUAUACUUUCACCCAUUAGCCAAAUACCCGGGUCCAUGGCUAGGGAAAUUCACCGAGGCCGGGGCUGCGUAUCAUGCCGUGAAGGGGGAUUUGCAUCUGCACAUUUGGUGGUGUCAUCAGAAAUAUGGGCCUGUUAUACGGUAUACGCCGAAUUUGGUCAUCUUCAACACGGAAAGUGGUUUGAAAGAUAUCUACGUCCGGGGAAAAGACUUGCGCAAGGAUGUCCACUACGGAGUGAUCCAACUGGGCACCAAAAACCUCCUUACAGUGACCAGUCCCAAAGAACACGCCAAACGCAGUAAGAUCAUCGGACCCGGGUUUACCAGCACCGCCAUGCGGGAAUUCGAGCCGAAGCUCUUGUCUCAUGUGCACAAGUUCCGCGACGCCCUCUAUCCCUCCUCCGACCCGGAUCGCACGUGGGGUCCGCCCAUGGUCAUGUCGGAGUGGUGCAGCUAUUUCGCAUUCGAUGUGAUCACCGACCUGGUAUUUGGCAAGGCGUGUAACCUGCUCGGGAGCCAACAGUUUCAAUGUACGGUGUACGAUAUCUCGGGGAUGAUGAAGCGCCUAUCGCUGUUGAUGUAUGCGCCGUAUGUGUUUCUCGGUCGGUUGGACAAGAAGUUGUUCAAGGACGAGGUUCGCGGGAUGAAGCGGUAUCAUCGACUAGUCAACAGCAUGAUGGCGGACGCAGCCAGUAUGUCAGGUCAUGUUCUAAGUCAAUUGACCAGCGCCCGUGAUAGUGUCACGGGCCCGACGCUGACUGAUGCGGAUGUGUAUUCCGAGGCAGCAAUGCUGGCCGUUGCUGGGUCUGAUUCCACCUCCGUCAGUCUAUGUGCGAGUCUCUUCUACCUCGCAACCUACCCUCACGCGUAUGCGAAACUCGCCCACGAGAUCAGAAGCGUCUUUCCAUCACCCGACGACAUUCGCAGCGGCCCCCUGAUGCAGCAAUGCACAUACCUUCAAGCCUGCAUCAAGGAGACCCUGCGCAUAUCGCCGGCUGUCGCGGGAUGCCCGUACCGUCGGGUCGAAAAAGGCGAUACGCUCGUUGUCGACGGCAAUGUGAUUCCGGCCGGGUGCAGUGUCGGGACAGGCAUCUACAGCAUCCAUCAUAAUCCCUUAUAUUUUCCCCGGCCGGAGGAGUUUAUCCCAGAGCGCUGGCUGACGGAAUCGGGCGCCGGGACAGACAAACUCGACGUCACCUCUGCGGCCUAUGCGCCAUUCUCGCAAGGCUCGCGGGCGUGCAUCGGGCGUCAUCUGGCGCAGCUGGAGCUGCAGCUGGCGCUGGCAAGCCUUGUGUGGAGCUACGACUUCCGCCGGCCAGACACGGCGGCCGGGGCGAUGGGGGCAGGAAACCCGGGGGCGGGGAUUGGACGGACGAAUCCGCACGAGUUCCAACUGUACGAUCACAUCAUUAGCCAGAAACGAGGGCCGGUCCUUCAAUUUCGGCCUCGCGCGCGGUAAUGGAGGAGACCCAGGGUAGGGUCGGCUAUUCCCCCGGAUACAAGGAGCAAGAUAGGCUACCAGGACGAAUGCAGACACAAUGCUCCGAUAUCCAAGAUUCCAGCGGAAAUCGGCUGUUUGGGUCUGGCCCUCGCUUGCGUCCCACCGUACCAGAUGCAGUAACCGGAUCAUAACCGG